AUGUCGGUCGUCACGCGAGCUUGGGCGGAGACAAUGCGUCGCCUGCAGCGCGAAUGCAACUCGUUUCAACAACCAGGCUCGUCCAAGAGCAUCUCGCACAAGUUUGCCGUCGCCGGAGUGCACCUGGGCUACUGUCGCCCUGCUGAUGCCCAGGCCAUCCUCGCUGCCGUGCCUGGCGUGUUUGCACUGGAGCCGUCGACCGUGGCGAACGAGCCUGCCGUGCUCACGCUGAGCCCAGCGCUAAACCGCGACUCGCCCGCCGCGCGCACCGCCGCCGUCAUGGGCGUCAUGCAAGCGCUUCGUCGCUCGAAUACCAUGGAGGCACUCGCGGGCUGGCGGGACGAGCUGUUUGCAGUCGCGCCAGAGUAUGGCGGACCGGUCUACUUUGAGAUUGAGCGCGCGGCUGCCAGCUUGCUCGGAGUCUCCCAGUUCGGCACCCACUUGAACGGCUAUGUGCGAACGGGUGCGUCAGGCAACCCAGCGCAGGAUUUGAAAAUGUGGGUGUCGAGGCGCAGUCUCACCAAGCCGACAUGGCCGGGCAAGCUCGACAAUCUGUGCGCUGGCGGCCUUCCUUCUGGCAUGUCGCCGCACGAGAACAUGCGCAAAGAGUGCAGUGAAGAGGCGUCCGUGCCUGCAGAGCUGUCCGGGCGGUGCGUGGCCGUUGGCACCGUAUCCUACACGAGCGAGCUUUCGCGCGGCAUCUUCCCAGAGUGCCAGUUCGUGUACGACCUGGAGCUCCCCGAGUCAUUCCAACCAGUCAGCGCCGACGGCGAGGUUGGCGAGUUUUACCUCUGGGACGUGCCGACCAUUCUCCACAGCAUCAGCACGCCCGAGUUCAAGCCCAACUGCGCGCUCGUGUUUCUCGAUUUCUUCAUUCGCCACGGCAUUCUGACUCCCGACUCGACCCCGCUCUACCCCGAGCUCGUUUCCGGGCUCCAUUACAGCGGGCCGUUGGCUCGAGAUUAG